AUGACAAAAACAGCCCUUCUUAAAUUAUUUGUGGCAUUAGUGAUCACAUUCAUUUUAAUUUUGCCGGAAUAUUUCAAGACACUGAAAGAAAGAACAUUGGAGCUAUCCUGUCUGGAAGUGUGUUUACAAUCUAAUUUCACCUAUUCACUCUCCUCCUUAAACUUUUCCUUUGCAACUGUUCUGCAACCAGUGAGGGAAACUCAGAUUAUCAUGAGAAUCUUUUUAAAUUCCUCCAAUUUUCAUAACGUCACCAGGACUUGCCAAGAUAUCACAGGUGAAUUUAAAAUGUGCUCCUUGUGUUUCAUUUGUGAAUCUAAAGGAAACAUGGAUUUUAUUUCUCAGGAACAAACAUCAAAAGUUCUUAUCAGGAGAGGAUCAAUGGAAGUGAAAGCAAAUGAUUUUCGUUCACCUUGUCAGCACUUUAACUUCACUGUAGCUCCCCUAGUUGACCACUUGGAGGAAUAUAACACUACCUGUCAUCUAAAAAACCACACUAGAAGAUCAACAAUCAUGGAGGAAGAGCCCAGCAAAGAGAACUCUAUAACCCAUCCUUGUAGAAUCAUGGAAUACUCGAAUGAGUGUAUACACAUUUCUUUGCACCUAGAGAUGGAUAUAAAAAGUAUCACUUGUUCCAUGAAGAUCAUUUGGUAUGUUUUAGUUCUAUUAGUUGUUAUAUUUUUGAUUGUCCUCAUUAUCUGCAAAAUACUUGAAGGCCACAGAAGAGUGCAGAAGUGGCAGAGUCAUCAAGACAAACCUACAUCUGUUCUCUUAAGAGGAAGUGAUUCUGAGAAACUGAGAGCAUUGAAUGUGCAGGUUAUUUCAGCAGAGACCACGCAGAGGCUACCCUUGAAUCAGAUCCAGGAAGUGCUUCCCCCAAUACCGGAACUAGAAGUUACUUUCACAGUGCAUCACAAAGAUCAAUAUACACGAAUAUCCCUGGGCAAUUUGGACUGAGCCCCUUGGAAGAAUACUCACAAUUUUAUUCUGUGAAUGAGUAGACUGGAAAAUGUUUGGGUCCAGCUGAGGAUGCACAGUUGGAAAGGAGGCGGAAUGCUGACUGGUUGAUGAAAACUAGCUCAAGAGCAUUCAUUUGACCCAUGAGAUCAAGGGAACAAGAGCUUUUGCAAGACGCCAUUGUGAGUCAUGGAAAACAAGCUGAUGAAACCCAUGGAAACAGCAAGAGAAUUCCUACUCUCUCUCUUUUUAAAAAAAUCUGUCAUUAUACAGCACAGAACAGAGCCAAAAUUUUAAAUUUGGGGAACCAAAACCAGGUUCAAGUAUGAAAUUGGCCCACAUUGUAGAUGCUGAUUUGAUAAUU